GCCUCUUUUUGUUGCCUCUGCUGCUUGCCAUGAUGUUCAAAACCUCACCCACUACCGCUUGCUCUGCUGCUGCACUCUUUUAUCUCUUCACCAUUCUACCUCUAGCCCACGCCCAUAUAACAAAACAAUCAAACCAAUGCAACUUCUUCAAAGGAAGCUGGAUCAUGGAUCGAUCCUACCCGAUGUACAACGGAUCCGAAUGCCCCUUUGUUGACCCAGGGUUGAACUGCCAGAACAACGGUAGAGCCGAUACCAUCUACCUCAACUUCAAAUGGAAGCCCCAUGCCUGUUCACUUUCCAGGUUUAAGGGGGAGAGGUUUUUGAAGAGGAACAGGGGUAAGAAAAUAAUGUUUGUGGGGGACUCAUUGAGUUCGAACCAAUGGCAGUCACUGGCCUGCAUGCUUUACCGGACCGUUGGUUCCAACCACACAUUCGAGGUUACAGGACCACUCUCAACUCUUUCAUUCCCAGAAUACGGAGUCUCAGUCAUGUACUUAAAAAACGGGUUUCUAGUAGACCUGGUGGUGGAGAAAAGAGGCCGGAUUUUAAAACUCGACUCCAUCAGCAGGUUUGGCAAAUGGAAAGGAGCAGACAUUCUCAUCUUCAACAGCUAUCACUGGUGGACACACACCGGAACCCGUCAAACAUGGGACUACUAUCAAGUUGGUGAAAACAUAUACAAAGACAUGGGCCGCAUGUUGGCUUACAAGAUUGCUUUGACAACAUGGGCCAACUGGGUUGACUCCUACAUAGAUUUCAAAAAAACCCGGGUCUUUUUCCAGGGGGUUUCUGCUGUUCAUGACCGAGGCUGGAACGAACCUAGUGCUCAAAAUUGUAUAGGGCAAACACUACCUACUCGGGGACUUCAUUACCCAGGAAAGAGAUACCCCGGGGAAGAAGUGGUGAAAGAUGUAUUGGCGAAAAUGAAAAAUCCGGUUUAUUUAUUGGAUAUAACGCUUCUUACACAGUUAAGAAAAGACGGACACCCGUCAAAGUACGGUGACGAUGGCAUAGACUGCAGCCACUGGUGCCUCGCUGGCGUGCCCGAUGCUUGGAAUCAAAUUUUGUACAAUAUCUUGCUCAAGAAAUAAUUUUUUUGUAAAUUAGUUUGGAAAGCAAGUGCAAUUCCUCCAUCUUGUGCAAUUUGAAAUGAUAAUUCAUUAAAGGGAAAUAGACAUCUAUAGGUUUGUUUUUCCUUCCUA